GAAUGUGCUGCCCUGAGCAAGGAGCUGCCCUCCUCCCGCUUUCGCCUCUGCGCAGAGCCACAGCUGAGCAAAUCCUUCCUCUCCCCAACAGCGCCCAGCCGCGUCGGUGUGCUUUGGCCAACGCUGGGAGGUGGUGGUGUGGGUUGGGAGGGAACAGAAUUGCACAGAUGGCUGCUUCCGUGACUUGAAGAACACCUGCACACCUUCUGUCGGCAGCAAGGACCCCGGCAUCCCAAGAGUUUGAUCAGCAGUGGUCUUUUUUUGGGUUGUUUCAGCUUAAUGCUGACCAUGUUGAGAUCUUACCCUGUCUACCAAAGCAGGCAGAACCUACCAAUGUAGGCCUGUAAGACCAUAUCCAAGCUCUGCAAGUUCGGGUGCUUCUUGCACAAGCCACUGCUGGUUUCUCCAAAUGCUUUCUUCAGCUUAGAUGGGGAAAAUUUCUCCACAAGAGCCACAUGAUGGAGAAACUGGGGGGAGAAAAAGUCGGUUAAACCAUGGGAGCGUUUUAGCAAACAUGGGAGGAAGAAUGCCAAAUGUCAACCACACUAAGCAACAGCCUUAGGAUUUCAACAGAGGAGGCAAACCGAGGUGUGAAUGGUCAGGAUAGCCCUUAAUGGUCAAUAGAUGUCUCCAAAAAUAAGCUUUGGCUUUUCUACAUUGGUAUGUGAGAGGCAGCUGACGCAGAGUGGCCGGGAUCUUUAAGGAGGAGAGGGAUCACUGCCUCUGUUUGUGACAGCACAGGAGGUCUGUGGCUGUGUUGGGGCAGCUGCAGUUCAGCUCUGAGGAGCAGAGGAACCUGCAGCAGCCUUCCUGCAAGGCGCUGGUGGGAAACCACACUUCCCCAGCACGGGUGAGAUCAACGUCUUGGGGUUUGUGUGCUGGGAAAGGUCUUGGCAAUGUGCUUAUUUCAUGGCAGCCACGCAAAGAAACUUCCUGUGGCCAAACUGUGGCAGGGCUGCAGGUGCUGCCCCGUGUCCCUGCUCGUCCCGUCGGGCUCAGCACCGCUUCCAGCCCCUCUCCCUUUGCUAUUUUCAACCCUGUUUUCACUGCAGCCAAAGGGAGCUGCUGCUGCUGCUGGCUUGGUCCUUCCCAGAACCAAACCCACCGAGCACCACUUGCCUGCGUCAGCCCUCCAGCAUUUCCCCUGCAUGAAUGUGAAUGGUGAGAGCCACGGCUCCCUGCCCACCAGCACAGCCACAGGGCAGGGAGCCCCUCAACACUACGCCCACUGCAGGCAGCGGGGGGGCUCACUGCUGCCCUGUGUUUCCAGGAGCUUUGGUGUCCCCCCACCCAAACCCGUGCUUCUCCUUCAUAGCUGACUCCCAGCUCGGGAUUUUAACUUUGGGUGUAUAUGUGGAUGUCUAUAUAUUCAGGUACUGUGUAUAUUUUAGGUAUAUAUAACGAGCAUAUCUGGCUAUAAAUGUGGUUUUGUCAGUAUGUAUUUCUUCUGUAUACGGACGUCAGUGGAUGGGUUCACUGGGUGAAUUCACUGCGAGGUUUCCCUGCUGCUAAGACACUUUAAAAAGGAAAAACAAAACAAAGCACGAGUAUUGCAAUGGAAAUGAAGCUGCUUUGGCAUCCUCACCUUGCUCCUGGGUGGGAGGAGACACGGGGGGAGCUUUGGGCAGCAGCUUUAGCCCUGGAUCUGCAUGAUCCCCUCCCUGCCAGGAGGCUUGGAAGGAAGUGGGAAGGCUUCCAGCUGAGAGCUGCCUAGCUGCAGGCUGUGGCAGGGAACAGUUUGUUUGUACAAGCAUCAGCUCCUAGCUCUGAGCAGAGCGAGGGGGACUCAGAAGAAAUGUGGGGCUCCACGUGGGGUUUUGCUCUCUGCAUUUGGGAAAGGGAGACGUGGGCAGGCUGAGAGUUGGGCAGAGAGGAGGACGGUGAGGCUCAGCAAGGGCGAGUUUGGGGUCCUACAGCUGGGGGGAGUUACUGCAUGCAUCAGAAUAGGUCGGGGGUGAGCUGGAAAGGAGCUCUGUGGGGAAGGAGCUGGGUGUUGUGGUUGACCAGCAGUUGGCCAACCAUUGACCACAACUGUUGUCCCCGGCUCAUGGUCACCCUGUGUGCAUUGCAAUGGGACUCUGGGGGGUGCAUUGCACCCAGUGCGGCCAGCAGAGCAACGGAGGUUCUCCUGCCCUCUGCUCUGCCCUGAUGAAGCUGCAUCUGGAGCACUGGGGCCAUUGCUGGGCUCCCCAGUAUCAGGCAGACAGGAAACUGAUGGGGGAAAGGCUGAGAGCCCCGGGUCUGUUCAGCCUGGAGAAGAUGAGAGGAGAUGUUACCUCCUCUGGAGACGUUCAAAACCCACCUGGGUGCUUUCCUGUGCGACCUGCCCUAGGGAACCUGCGUUCUGUAGAAGUCCAUUCCAACUCCUGUGCUUCUGGGAUUCUGCACCCCACACAAGGCAAAACAUGCAGCCCCAAAGCGAAGCCCUUCUAAUUCCCACUGCCUCUCCAGCUGCCCAGGGAGGAGGAUGGGAACAAACCCCACAAAGCUUCUCUUUGCUGCGGCUCUCCAAGAAAAACAGCAGCAAUCCGAUCCCUUCCCGUGCGUGCCGCCCAGCCCUGUGUUUGUCCUGGAAGCGGAGCCCCAUGGCUGUGCUGCUGCUGGCUGUGCUGCUGCUGGCUGUGCUGCUGCCCACCGCCCCGUCAUCCACCGCCCCACUGCCCCCCACACCACGCGAGCUGGCCCGCACCGUGCUGGAGGCACACGGGCGCGAUGCGGGCAGCGGGCUGAGGCUGCUCAAGCUGCAAGGAGUCACCAGGACGGUAGGAGCCUCGCUCGGUUUCCCGCUGGGUUUUGGGGAAGAGGGAGCUUUCUUGCUGUGCCAAAUGCUGUCGUUCCCUUGCAGAAGUUUGACUGGGGCACGCACUUCACCAUCAAUCUCACCGCCCGUGAGAUCUCCUGCCCCGCCGGCCCCACAGCGCCACGCAGUGCUGCAUGCAGAGCCCGGCCGGGCCAGCAGAUCCAGCACUGCGUGGCCCAGAUCUCCGUCUUUGCCUUCCUGCCUGACGUGCCGCUGUCGCUGCUGGAGUGCAGCCGGCAGACGCCCAGCAGCUCAGGGCAGCCCCGCUCCCGAAGCCGGCACAGCCCUGCAACCCCACGAGCCGUUGGCCUCAGGGAGCCGGCGCCGUCCUGAAGCCCAUGAGCGCAUCCAUCCUGCAGCAGGGGACGUGCAGACCUCAUUCAUGGAGCCCGUCCCAUAGACCCAAGGGCUGAAAUAAAGAUGUUCCAGGGCUGUGCUGUGUGUGUGAUGCCUCGCCCCCAUCCUGCAGUAGAAUGGGAUUGAGGUUGCACAAACCUGCAGCUUUUGGGUCAUGGUGGGGCGGCUGCAGCCCCACGUGCGGCAUCUCCAUCCCAGCUGCCAGUAGCACGUUGGCCAACCCUUGGGCUGAUAACAGAUGGCAGCACACAGGGCUGCUCCACGUGUCUGGCUCAGAGCCUGGGGGCUGUUGCAGGGGAUAGGAGGGGACAAGGGCGGCUGUG